GUCGCUGUCCCGUCCUCAUCACCGUCCGCGAGCACCGCCGCUCCGUCCUUCCCAUCCAGAUCGCGUCACCCCAUCCGCUGGCGCAUCGUAUGCCUCUCCCAGCUGCCGGUCCUCUGCCUCCCGGUCAAGAUCCGACACCGCACCGCCGUCCUCCGUCGCCUCCGCCUACCGUCCUGUGCGAGAUCCGCAGCACCGCGCAGCCCCUUCUCUGCCGCCGAGAAGAAUAUCUCACCAUGGCCAACGUUAGAGUCGUCGCCAGCCUCGAGGAGGUGAACACCGCGCUGCAGGAUCUGAACAUCUAUGAUGUUGGUCAGGUUAAUGAAGUUCAGUUUCAAUUGCAUGAGCAAGCAUCGCUUCAAGACGCUGCAAUGAUGAAGAUGAAGACCCGACCAGGAAGGCAGGGAUUUAGAUUGCUUAAUCCGGAGUUGUUGGAGUGCAAGUAUGAAGCCAAGAUGAUGCUAGAGACGUCUAUGAACCACGUGCUUGACGCAUCUAUCCAGAGGAUUAAUGAAGACCUGGAGCGAAUUGUAAACAGCAUUGCAACACUAAGAGUCCUUGUGAACACCCCAGACCACCAGAUCCCUCAUCAUGGACCUGCUCUUAAUGAAAGAAAUCGUGGAGUACAGCAUAUGAUCUAUCCUUGUCCUCCUUUCAAUACCAUCCCUUCUUUUGAACAUGAUGAUCAUCACCAUAGAGUCCCAUAUCAAAAUGCCUAUGCUACACCAGCAGAGUUGAAUGAAGCAUGUGCUCAUGACAGGCGUGCCCAGAGGGCACUCUGGAGGGCCAAUCUCCGUAUUCUGGAGGCGAGGAAAACUAUCCUUGAAAAGAUGAAGUACGAGAUGAUUUCAACAAUGGGAAGAGAGAUCAAGAGGGUGUUGGAGGAGCGAUCUGACUUGGGUGUUGGUUAUGCGGACUAUGUUUUUCCUCCCCUGGAAUGAUCUAUUGCCAAUGUAACUCAAUGAUAUAUACGCAUGGAUGAUGAUAUUACACUUACAAAGAUAGGGGUUUCUCAAGGGUUAUGAAUUCAGCCGUUGGUGAUUAGUUUGCGCUGUC